AUGGUUUGGGCAAUCUGGGCACAGGAGCUAGACAUAAGGGGUCCUUUCCCUCUUGGUUUCCAAGAAUGCAAGCAAACACUAAAACUCCCUGCUCUGGAGGUUCUUCCUGGAGGUGGCUGGGAUAACUUGAGAAACCUUGACAUGGGAAGAGUGAUUAACCUGAACUAUUCAUUGUGCAGGACUACAGAAGAUGGUGCUUACAUAAUUCCUGAUGAGGUCUUCACCAUUGCCCUCAAGCAAAGUUCUUUGGAGUUUAACUCAGAGAUCAUUGAGUCUUGGAUGGACUACCAGAGUGCCACCUCAGCUUCCAUCAAUGCAGAGCUGUCAUCUUCCUUUAUCAGUGGCAAGUUCUCCAGUGACUUCCGCAGGAUGAAAACCCACCAAGUGAGAGACCAGGCUGUAACUACCAGGGUUCAGGUCAGAAAUUUGGUUUAUACUGUAAAAUUUGACCCUUCAGCAAUGUUAGAUGAAGGCUUCCGGCAGCAGGUUAUUGCUAUUGCUAGCCAUUUGGAGAGAAACCAGACUAGAAUGGCUGACUACUUAGCAGAAAUCUUAGUGUUAAACUAUGGCACACAUGUUAUCACCAGUGUGGAUGCUGGAGCCAGUCUUGUCCAGGAGGAUCAAAUCAAAUCUACCUUUCUGAAAGACAGCUGGUCCAUGCGAAGCUCUAUCACAGCUGCAGCUGGGGUCUCCUUUCGUGAUAUUGUUGACUUCAAUAGCAGUGUUGCAGCCAGCACAGAUGAUUUUUUCACCAAGCAGUACCAAACUAACCGCACCAGAUCCAGGGUGGAGAGCAUUGGGGGAUUGCCUUUUUAUCCUGGGAUUACUCUGAAAAAUUGGCAAGAGAGCAUCACCAACCAGCUGGUAGCAACUGACCGUUCAGGUUUGCCUCUGCAGUUUUUCAUAACUCCAAACCACCUGCCAGAAUUGCCUGGACCCGUAGUGAAGAGAUUGUCCUGGAUUGUGAAGUCUGCCAUCUCUCGCUAUUAUACCUUCAAUACUUACCCUGGUUGCACAAUUCCAGCCUCACCAAACUUCAACUUCCACGCCAACACUGAUGAUGGAACUUGUGAAGGGACAGCAAAAAACUUCACCUUUGGAGGUACCUAUCAGGAGUGUGCUCAGCUGGAGGGUCCCGAUGCUGCUGUGCUCUGCCAAGGUCUGGAACACAGGAAUCCACUCACUGGAGCAUUCUCCUGCCCUGUGGGUUAUGCACCAGUAAGACUGAACUCCCAGCAAUGGACAGAAGGAUUUAGCCACUUAGAUUGCCAGAAGGACUGCCUUGUUUGGAAGAUAUUCUGCAAGUCAGUUUGCAAGGAUGUUUUCACAGCUUCCAGAGUGCAAUUUAGUGCAUACUGGUGCGCAGCAAAAGGCCACGUUUCUGAAAACACAGGAUACCUCUUUGGGGGGCUCUUUGGUGCCAAGACUUCCAACCCUAUGACUAAUGCCCAGUCCUGCCCUUCCAGUUUCUUCCAGUUGAAGCUCUUUGACCAGCUCAAAAUCUGUGUCAGUAGAGAUGAAACAGGACAGAGGUAUGCGGUGCCCUUUGGAGGGUUCUUCAGUUGCCAGGCAGGAAACCCUUUGGUGGGGUCCCACAAUGGAACUGAGAAUGACCCAUACUCCAAGAGAUGCCCAGCUGGAUUCAGUCAGCACCUGGCUGUGAUCACUGAUGGCUGCCAAGUGGAAUACUGUGUCAAAGCAGGACUCUUCACAGAAGGACCAUUACCCCAGGCCAGGCUCCCACCUUUCACUCGCAAGCCCACUGCAAGUCUUACUACUACUGACACUGUCCUAGUUGUGAAUGGCAAUGGGGAUCAGACCUGGGUCAAGGAUUCCCAGAGCAAGUUAUGGAAGACAGGCCGCCCCACUGAAUCAUACCACAAUCGAAAGCUGGCUGGGGGAAGCCUAUCAGAGGGAGAAACAGCUGGGAUCACUGUUGGUGCCACAACUUGCUUGGCUGUUCUGAUUGGCCUGGCGGUCUAUGGCUGCAAGCGGUACAAGAAAAAGGAGAACAAGAAGAUGAUGGAAGAGGAGAAGAGACUGAUAACAAGUAACCCUAUAUAUGGUCUCAUACCUGAAAUGGAGGAUACACAACUGAGGGAACAGGAAAGGCAAACAGUUUAA